CGUGAAAUAGCCGUACGAACUAACGAGGACAACCUACAAAUAAAAUAUAAAUAUUAACAUGUCUAAAGAGGCAGGCCAAAACUUAAACUGUCUAGUAAAUGACUGGGAAAAGCAAUACUUGGGUGAUAUGGAUGUCACAUGGAAUCCAAUAUCUUUAACUCAUGUUAUAUAUCCAAAAGGUGACACUUUUGCUAAAAUUUUGGCAUAUAGCAGCUUGUUUCCUAUUUUUGUUGUUUCUGGAUUUAUCACACUUAUUAUAUUUCGUAGAGAACUGCAUACAAUGGUAUUUUUUGGUGGAGUUCUUAUCAAUGAAAUUUUGAACUUAACACUUAAGCAUACAUUAAAGUCACCAAGGCCUUGUCAGCCUGGAGAUUCCAAGCUUCUGAUGUCAAAGCACGGUAUGCCGUCUAACCAUGCACAAUUCAUGAGUUUUUUUGCUGUCUAUAUGGUUUUGUUUGCAUAUAUAAGAAUGAAGAUUCAUGUAGUUGAAAAAUUUACAGAUAAUCUUCGGAGACACGGCAUAGCAUUAUUUUCUUUUGCAUCAACAGUAAUUGUAUGUAUUAGCCGAGUUUACUUACGUUAUCAUACAAUUGAGCAAGUACUAAUAGGUGUUGUUAUUGGAUUAGUUACAGGAAGCUGCUGGUUUUAUCUUGUAGAAAAUUUCUUUACUCCUAUGUUUUGCAGCAUAGUUAAUACUAAAUUGGCAGAAUAUUUUCUUAUUCGCGAUUCCACAAACAUACCAGACAUUCUUUGGUUUGAGUAUACCGCGUCUCGCACAGAAUCACGGCAACGGAGCAAACGUAUAUCGCAGAAAUCUCAAUGAGUUGUUUACAUAAAAGCAAACUAGAUGUUAUGAAAUAUCCAAAAUAGAUUACUUAUGCAAUGUACUCGUUUAUAGUACUUAUUUAGUUAGUUGUGUACCUUUGAAAUGUUUGUAGAAAUAUACGAAAAAUAGCAAUAAA